AUGGAUGACGGCGAAGAUGAGGCGAGAAAACGCCGGGAAGAAUGUGAAAGAAAAGCAAGAAGAGGGGAAAUGGAUCCCCGACUGGAGUUUGUCUUCCAGUUGCUGAUGGAUGGAACCGGUUUGCUGCGUCAUGAAGCUAUGGACCAUGUAUUUGAGGGAGAUAUGCUCGAUGAGAUUAACCAACUAUUUCAACCGCAUAUGAGGUCAACCCUCGUUUGGUACUACCAAGUUGUCGAGGAGCCAGAACCACUGCGUGUCAUUGAGACAGGACAAGCGAUGAAAGGAAGUUCUAGAGCACCGGUAACUGCGCCUUCUAACAAAGCUAAAGAACCAAAAGAACCUAAAGAACCACCGAAAAAAAAAUUAUUUUUGACUGAUGGCUGGCAGACUCCCUGCACUGGGGUCUGUAUCUACAUGUUUCGAAUUAAUACAACGAAACAAUUACCAGAAGAAGGUUUCCAAAAAGAUUUAUAUACCGGUGUUAUAGACACGACUAAAAUAAGUAUUUUGGCAUCUAUUCAGAGAGUUGUAGAGCAAGUUUUUAUGGAUGCUUUGGCACAUCCUGGAGGUGAAGAGGAAGACGACUGUCCGAUGAUUAAAAGUCUUUUGUUACCUGGUUUACGAUCAUUUUGUAGUGCAUUAAAAGUAUGCGAACAAGUGGCUUUGGAGAGUAAUAUUUUUGACGAUGGUGAAACGAUGAUGGAUGAGAUAGAAAAUUUUGAGAGUGUCAAAGUUCUGGUGGCCAAAGAAGGUGUUCUUGAGAGAAUUGAAGAGCGCGUAAAAAUAUGGAUUAAAAAAUUAAAAGAUUUUAUUUUGGAAAGCAAACAAGUGAGGAGAGAAAACGACUCUUCGGGACCGCAACAGGAAUUAGAGUACUGGAAAAGACGUGGUGCACAAUUUAGCCAACUUGCUACUAAGCUACAGAACCAUGAAGUUAGAAUGUCACUAUUGUGUCUUCAAGUAUCAAGAUCUAAAUUAAUAAAGGAGUGGGUCGAUGCUGAAGAUGAAGUUACUUAUUGUUACAGUGAGGCUAAAGACAAUGCUAAAUUUAUACAAGCUUUAGAAAAAUGUUGUCACUGUCUUUAUCUCGACGAUCCAGUAAGAAUGAGAGAAUCUUUGGUAUCACUUCUUCAAACCGUAAGACUUAUCUAUAGUGUUUCAAGAUACUAUAAUACUUCUGAAAGAACUUCAUCACUAAUGGUAAAGAUAACUAAUCAAAUGAUUGUAGCAUGUAGGGAUUACGUUACUCAGAGGGGACGUGAAACUGUAUGGAAUCUUGAUAGAAAUUCUGCACGGUCACGACUGAAACAUUGUCUAAGAUUAAAUAAAGCGUACAGAGAAACAUAUCGACUAGUAAGAUGUUCACCGGCAGUUACUGAACAAGAAUUUUCAUUUUCUGAAACUCACGUCUUUGGGCGAUUCGAUUCAUUUUGCGCACGAAUAAAAAAAAUAUUAUCAAUGUUUGAUUUAAUUGACGAUUACCAAAAUUUAUUUGCUAGGCGAAUGGAGGGAUUACUUUUAGGAGAAGCUCUGGAUGAAGCAACAAAGUAUUUUGAAGAAGCCAAAAAAAUAGCAACCAAUAAAUCGUACGAUUAUUUGGAUCCUCGGAACACUGAAUUUGAUAAAGACUACGACGUAUUUAUGUCAAAAACAAAUAUAUUGAAAGAAAAUAUCGGCGGGAUAAUUGAAAAAAAUUAUGCAGAUGUAUGGGAAACACCCCAGGGAAUAAGAUUUCUCACACGAUUUGAAAAAGUCAGUGAAAAAAUUCCGUUGACUAAACUCGAUGAAAAGUACAAUUUAGUUGUAAAAUAUUGCGAUAAGGAAGUCGAACGAACUUUAAAGUUAUUUAAAAAACAAAGAGAUGAUCCGCCUUUGCCGAGACACAUGCCACCAAUUGCCGGUCGAUUAACUUGGGCCCAUGCUCUCAAAGUUCAUUUAGAUGAAUUGACAGCAUCUGUAUCUAAUCAUCCGGUAUUAAGAACUUUGCCACUUACUGGAGAUUUAGUAAGAAGAUACAAUCAUGCGGUAACUGUUUUACUUCAAUAUCAAAUGGACAUUACUGAAGUAUGGACCCAUCAAAAUUCAUGGGUCAUUGAAGACUGUUUGAAUAAGCCAUUAUUAGUGAUUGAUAAAGAAAGCAAUAAAGUUAAAGUCAACUUAGAGAGUCGCAUAACUCUUUUACUUCGUGAAGCUGAUUGUCUAGCUAAAUUAAAACUAGACAUUCCAAUAAUUGCAUUAACAAUUUUAGUAAAACGUGAUUAUUUUACUUUGGUCCAUGAUUCUCUGCAGUUAGUAAUAGAAGAAUUUGUUUCAACUGCUCGACGUGUUAAAUUAGAAGUAAGACCACUUUUAUUACCUCAUUUAGUCCGUGUUGCCUCGCUGUUGAUGCCUGGAUUGAAAACUCUCACAUGGACAAAACCUGGAUGGAAAGAAUUUUGUCAGUUUACAAGGGAUGAGAUUAAAUCGUUUGAUGUAUUGAUAACGCGAGUACACGAUGUAUAUUCAAACAGAAUUCUUCAGGUAUUGUCAAGUAUGCAGAAAAUAACUCUUCAUGCGCUGCCGGAAGAGGAGCCGUGGAGCAUUGAAGAAUUUUUGGAAAAGACAAAUGAAACAUGUCGAGUAGCUGCUGUUGAUCUUCAUCGGCGAAGUCUUAUGGUUGAGGAAGCUGUAGAAGAGGUUCUGCAGUUAGUUAAAAAUGCAGCUGAUAAUUUCAAAAACAAUGAACCUGAUCAGUAUAAUUUGGAAGAAGAUGGAGAAUCUUCUGGUCAUGAUACUACCAGGGAAGUGAGUCAGCAACCUCAAGACUGGACAGUUGUAUGGGCUUGCUUUGAUGAUCCUCAUCAGCUUCUAUCACCUACUGGAGUCGGUCUUUCAAAAAAUAUGCAAGAUAUGGUGCGAAACGCAGUUUCUGAAAUGCGUAGAUACUAUUCGAGAAAAGUUGUCGAUGUUUUAAUAAAAAUUACAAGAACUUCUUUAGAUGCUAUUAGAAAAAGAUUUGUAUGUGAAAUAGAUCCGGAUAAUGUACCACGUCCGGUAUUUCUUAUACAAGCAACUUUGAUGAUUCCAUCGGUUGUUGUAAAGCCAAGUCUUGAGCAGGUACAAGAUGCACUCACCGUUGCGGGUAAAGCUAUUGCUGGUGUUGCUAAGGGUGUCGCACAAUGGACAGCUGCAAAAAAUUUAAUGGAUGUUGUUAUGAGAGCCCAAAUAGUUGCUGAGAGACGUCGGGAUGACGAGCCAGAAGAUCCAAAAAUUCGCAGAAGAAGAUUAUAUAAAACAGCGUCUGAAGAACAACCAGAGUUUCCAAUUCAAAAUCGAAAUUUUCAUGCAUUGGUAAUGGAAAAUAAAGAAAUUAUAAAAGUUUUAUCAAUGUUGAGUUCCUGCACCCAAGAGCUUCGUCAGGAUCUUACGUCAUUCUUAGACCAAUGGACUCCGUAUAAAUAUUUGUGGAAAAAUGAAAAAAGUAUUCGUGAAUUAUUGGCAUCAACGCUAUCUAACUUUGAAAAUACUUUGCGAAAACACAGCGAGCUUGAAGAUAAACUUUCGACAGAGUUAGAUAUGUCAUAUUUGGGUACAUCUAUUGCUUUGUGUACCGAAAAAUUAAAGUACGCCCUAACAACAGAAAUAAAAAAUUCAACUCAUAAAAUUGGCCAAGCAAUGAAGAAAAAGUACCGUAGAGAAAUGGAAUACGUGUACGCAGUAAUAAAUGAAAUGGAUCGUAAACUUGAUCGUCAAAUACGUGAUUUAGAUGACGUGAGAUUGGUAAUGGAAACUCUAAAAAAAAUACGUGAACAAGAGGUAGAUAUGGAAUUGAAAAUAGAUCCAAUUGAAGAGGCAUUUAAUAUUGUAACUCGUUACGAAGUUCCUGUUGAUCAAGAGUGCCUCGAACAAGUGGAUAACUUGAGAUUUACAUGGCUAAAUCUUUUGACACGGGCGCAAGAGAGUCAUGUUUUGUUGUUAAAACUUCAGCCGCAGUUUGAAGAAGAGCUAAGAAAUAAUUUAGAGAAAUUUCGUCGUGAUAAUGAAGCCUACUGUGAGGAGUACAGAUUAUCUGGGCCAAUGCAAUCCGGUCUUACGCCCCGUGAAGCCUCUGAUCGUCAAAUACUUUUUCAAAAUCGAUUUGAUGGAAUGUGGCGUAAAUUACAAACUUAUCAAAGUGGUGAAGAACUAUUUGGUUUACCAAUAACAGAUUAUCCUGAAUUAUCACAAAUCAGAAAGGAACUUAAUUUACUUCAAAAACUUUAUAAAUUGUAUAACGACGUUAUUGAUCGUGUCAGUAGUUACUAUGACAUACCAUGGGGUGAAGUUAAUAUUGAAGAUAUAAAUAACGAACUAAUGGAAUUUCAAAAUCGAUGCCGUAAAUUACCAAAGGGUUUAAAAGAAUGGCCGGCAUUUUUUGCUUUAAAGAAAACUAUUGAUGAUUUUAACGAUAUGUGUCCUCUAUUGGAAUUGAUGGCCAAUAAAGCAAUGAAACCGCGUCAUUGGCAGCGAAUUGUUGAGGUCACUGGUUUUACAUUUGAUUUAGAAAGUGAGGGAUUUUGUUUAAAAAAUAUAUUAGAAGCUCCAUUACUUAAAUAUAAAGAAGAUAUUGAAGAUAUUUGUAUUUCUGCAAUGAAAGAAAAAGAUAUUGAAGCUAAAUUGCGACAAGUUGUUAAUGAAUGGUCAUCCCAUGAAUUAACAUUUAUGACUUUUAAUAAUAGAGGAGAAUUAUUAUUGAGAGGUGAUACUACUGCAGAAACUAUUGGUCAAUUAGAAGACAGUCUUAUGAUUUUGGGAUCUUUAAUGUCUAAUAGAUAUAAUGCACCAUUUCGAAAACAAAUUCAACAGUGGCUUACUGAUUUAUCUAACACUAAUGAAAUACUUGAAAGAUGGUUGCUUGUACAAAAUAUGUGGGUUUAUUUGGAAGCUGUUUUUGUCGGUGGUGAUAUCGCUAAACAGCUACCAAAAGAGGCUAAAAGAUUUAGUAAAAUAGAUAAAAGUUGGCAAAAAAUAAUGCAAAGGGCUCAUGAAACACCUGGUGUAGUUCCUUGUUGUGUUGGUGAUGAUUUACUUAAACAACUGCUUCCACAUUUACAGGAACAAUUGGAAUUAUGUCAAAAAUCACUUAGCGGUUAUUUAGAAAAAAAACGAAUGAUGUUUCCGAGAUUUUUUUUUGUAUCUGAUCCAGCACUUUUAGAAAUUUUAGGCCAAGCUUCAGACUCUCAUACUAUUCAAAAUCAUUUAUUGUCGAUUUUUGACAAUACUAGAUUUGUUAAAUUUCACGAUAUAGAGUAUAAUAAAAUGACAGCAAUUAUUUCAUCUGAAGGAGAAACUAUUGUGCUUGAAAGAGCGGUUAGAGCUGAAGGAUCUGUCGAGACUUGGUUGAUGCAGCUUCUUCAAACAUCACAACAAUCUUUACAUUCGAUUAUACGUCAAGCAAAUACAAUGAUGAAUGAUCAAAAUUUUAAUUUACUAUCAUUUUUGGAUAAAAUGCCAGCGCAAGUUGGGAUUCUUGGUAUCCAGAUGAUUUGGACACGAGACGCAGAACUAGCACUUAUGCAAGCGCGAGCUGAUAAAAAAAUAAUGGGUGAAACUAAUAAUAGAUUUCUUGAACUUCUUAAUACUUUGAUUGAUCAAACAACCAGAGAUUUAGCUAAAAUUGAUCGAACUAAAUUUGAAACUUUAAUUACUAUUCAUGUACACCAACGUGAUAUUUUUGAUAUGAUGUGUCGUUUAAAUGUCCGAAUGGUAACAGAUUUUGAAUGGUUAAAACAAUGUCGGUUUUAUUUUAAAGAAGAUCUUGAUAAAACAACAAUACACAUUACUGAUGUUCAAUUCAUAUAUCAAAAUGAAUAUCUUGGUUGUACUGAACGUUUAGUAAUUACCCCUCUCACUGACAGAUGCUAUAUAACUCUUGCUCAAGCAUUAUCAAUGUCAAUGGGAGGAUCUCCUUGUGGUCCAGCUGGUACUGGUAAAACAGAAACAGUAAAAGAUAUGGGCAAGACAUUAGCUAAAUAUGUCGUGGUAUUUAAUUGUUCUGAUCAAAUGGAUUAUCGUGGAUUAGGACGUAUUUAUAAGGGUCUUGCCCAAAGUGGUAGUUGGGGAUGCUUUGAUGAAUUUAAUCGUAUAGAAUUACCAGUACUGUCAGUAGCUGCACAACAAAUAGCUGUAGUAUUGGCCGCAAAAAAAGAAAAAAAAAAACAAUUUAUAUUUACCGAUGGUGAUCAAAUUGAAAUGUGCCCGGAAUUAGGUAUAUUUAUUACAAUGAAUCCUGGUUACGCUGGACGAAAAGAAUUACCAGAAAAUUUAAAAAUACAGUUUAGAACAGUUGCUAUGAUGGUACCAGAUCGACAAAUAAUUAUAAGAGUUAAACUUGCUAGUUGUGGUUUUCUUGAAAAUAUAACAUUAGCACGUAAAUUUUAUACACUUUAUAAAUUAUGUGAGGAACAAUUGACAAAACAAGUGCAUUAUGAUUUUGGAUUGAGAAAUAUUUUAUCAGUACUGAGAACUCUUGGUGCUGCUAAAAGAACAAAUUCAAAAGAUACAGAAAGUACAAUUGUAAUGCGUGUAUUGAGAGAUAUGAAUUUAUCAAAACUUAUUGAUGAAGAUGAACCGCUAUUUAUAUCUUUGGUAGCUGAUUUAUUUCCUAAUCAAAUGUUAGAAAAAACAGCAUAUCCUGAAUUAGAGACAGCUAUUGACCAGCAGGUUAAAGAUUAUGGUCUUAUAUAUCAUCCACCUUGGGUAUUAAAAUUAAUUCAAUUAUAUGAAACUCAACGUGUACGUCAUGGAAUAAUGACACUAGGUCCUGCUGGUGCUGGAAAAACUACUUGUAUUCAUAUACUAAUGAAAUCAUUAACGCAAUUGGGUGAAUAUCAUAGAGAAAUGCGAAUGAAUCCAAAAAGUAUUACAGCUGCGCAAAUGUUUGGAAGAUUAGAUGUUGCAACAAAUGAUUGGACUGAUGGUAUAUUUUCAGCUUUAUGGCGUAAAACUUUAAAAUUAAAAAAAGAUGAACAUGUUUGGUUGGUUCUUGAUGGUCCUGUUGAUAGUAUAUGGAUUGAAAAUUUAAAUUCUGUAUUAGAUGAUAAUAAAACAUUGACUCUGGCUAACGGUGAUAGACUCAGUAUGUCACCAACUUGUAAAAUAAUAUUUGAACCACAUAAUAUUGAUAAUGCAAGUCCUGCUACAGUAUCAAGAAAUGGAAUGGUUUAUAUGAGUUCUUCAGGUUUAGAUUGGAAACCUGUAGUGACAGCAUGGUUAAAAACACGUAAUCCAUUGGAACAACAAAUUUUAGAAAAAAUUUUUGAUGAAUCAUUUCCAGGAAUUUAUUCAUGGAGUACACAAACUUUAAUUCUUUCCAUUAAAGUACUUCAAUGUAAUAUUGUACAACAAAUGAUAUUUCUUCUUCAGGGAUUAAUACCACCUGAAAUAAUUACUGAAGAAACUGAAGAUGAUGAUGAUUUUGAAAGAGAUAAACCACAGCCUUUAACUGCUGAUCAUUUAAAAAAAUUAUAUGUAUUUUCACUAGUUUGGGGUAUUGGUGCUCUUCUUGAAACUGCUGACAGACUUAAAUUUGAUAAUUAUUUACGUAAUAAUUUUAAUACUUUAGAUAUUCCAAUAUCUGAAAAAUAUCCUAAUGCAACGACAUUUGAUUUUAUGGUAACUGAUAAAGGAAAAUGGGAUACUUGGAUCAAUAUGGUUACUAAUUAUGUUUAUCCUGAUUAUUCAACACCAGAUUACAAUAGUAUUUUAGUUCCUAUUGUUGAUAAUGUACGAAUACAGUAUCUAAUAGAUUUAAUAGGACGUCAAGAUAAAUCAGUUUUAUUAGUUGGAGAACAAGGUUCAGCAAAAACAGUAAUGAUGAAAUCUUAUAUGAAAGGAACAAAUCCUGAUACAACUCUUGGAAGAUCAUUUAAUUUUAGUUCAGCAACAACGCCUUAUCAAUUUCAAAAAACAAUUGAAAGUUAUGUUGAAAAACGUAUGGGUAAUACAUUUGGUCCUCCAGGUGGUAAAAAAAUGUUAGUAUUUAUAGAUGAUAUUAAUUUACCUCAAAUUAAUGAAUGGGGUGAUCAAAUUACAAAUGAAAUAGUAAGACAAACAAUGGAUAUGAAAGGAUUUUAUUCACUUGAAAAACCUGGUGAUUUUACAAUGGUUGUUGACAUGACAUUUCUUGGUGCAAUGGGACAACCUGGUGGUGGAAGAAAUGAUAUACCAUCUCGUUUAAAACGACAAUUUUGUAUUUUUAAUUGUACUUUACCCAAUGAUGUUUCUAUUGAUAAAAUUUUUAGUGUUCUUGGUGAAGGACAUUAUAAUAAUAAAAGAGGAUUUUCAUCAGAAAUAAGAGCUCUUGUUAAAAAAAUGGUUCCUCUUACAAGAAUUUUGUGGCAAAUAACUCGAGCUAAAUUAUUACCAACUCCAGCUAAAUUUCAUUAUGUUUUUAGUCUUAGAGAUCUUUCACGAAUUUGGCAGGGUAUGAUUGGUACUUUAUCAACAGUUAUUGAAAAAGAAAAUUAUUUAAUGCUUCUUUGGAAACAUGAAUGUACAAGAGUAUUUAGUGAUCGUUUAACUUUAUUAUCUGAUAAAAAAUGGUUUGAACAACAAAUAAUAAAUGUUGUUAAUGAAUAUUUAGGUGAAUCAUAUGUAAAUAUGUUAAAUAAAGAUCCAGCAUUUGUUGAUUUUAUGCGUGAUGCACCAGAGCCUACUGGAGAAGAAGGUGAAGAUGCAGAUAUGGAAUUACCUAAAGUAUAUGAACCUGUUUUUGAUAAUGAAAUUUUACGAGAUCGUUUAGAAAUGUUUUUAUCACAAUUUAAUGAAAUGCAACGAGGUGCUGGAAUGGAUUUAGUAUUUUUUCCUGAUGCAAUGUUACAUUUAGUUAAAAUAUCACGUGUAAUUCGGCAUCCACGUGGUAAUGUAAUGCUUGUUGGUGUUGGUGGAUCAGGAAAACAAAGUUUAACAAAAUUAUCAUCUUUUAUUGCCGGUUAUAAAACAUUUCAAAUAACAUUAACAAGAUCUUAUAAUGUUGCUAAUUUUUUGGAAGAUUUAAAAUUUCUAUAUCGAUCGUGUGGUAGUCAAGGUAAAGGCACAACAUUUAUUUUUACAGAUUUAGAUAUUAAAGAGGAAGGUUUUUUAGAGUAUUUAAAUAAUAUUUUAAGUUCUGGUGUUAUAAGUAAUUUAUUUACACGAGAUGAACAAGCAGAAAUAAUUUCAGAAUUAACGCCAAUAAUAAAACGUGAAAAUCCAAAAAAAACAAUAAAUAAUGAACUUGUAAUGGAUUUUUUUUUACAAAGAACAUGCCAAAAUUUACAUGUUGUUUUUUGUUUUUCACCAGUAGGUGAAAAAUUUCGUAAUCGAGCUCAAAGAUUUCCGGCUUUAAUAUCAGGAUGUACUAUUGAUUGGUUUCAACCUUGGCCACGUGAUGCUUUAGUUCUUGUAGCAGAUCAUUUUCUUCAUGAUUUUGAAAUAGCAUGUAGUUCAGAUGUUAAAAUUCAUUUAGUAAAUGCAUUAGGAUCUAUUCAAGACGUUGUUGCUGAAACGUCUAAUGAAUAUUUUCAAAGAUUUCGUCGAGCUACACAUGUUACUCCAAAAUCUUAUCUUAAUUUUAUUGGUGGUUAUAAAAAUAUUUAUCGUGCAAAACAAUAUGAACUUGGUGAGGGAGCACGUAGAAUGGAUACUGGUCUUGCUAAAUUAGAAGAAGCAUCAAUAUCCGUUGAAUUAUUAAAAAAAGAUUUAGCAGUUAUGGAACAAGAAUUGGUUACGGCUUCAGAAAAAGCUGAAACUGUAUUAUUAGAAGUAACUGAACGAGCAAUGCAAGCUGAAACAUUUAAAAAUCAAGUACAAAAAGUUAAAGAAAAAGCUGAAGCACUUGUUGCUUGUAUUGCUGAGGAAAAAGCUUGGGCUGAACAAAAAUUAGAAGCCGCAAAACCAGCAUUAGAAGAAGCUGAAGCAGCAUUAAAUACUAUUAAACCAGCGCAUAUUGCAACUGUAAGAAAAUUAGGAAGACCACCACAUUUAAUUAUGAGAAUAAUGGACUGUGUAUUAAUUUUAUUUCAACGUAAAAUUAGUCCAGUAAUACCAGAUCCAACAAAUCAAUGUCCAAAACCAUCAUGGGCAGAAUCAUUAAAAAUGAUGGCAAGUACAACAUUUUUACUUCAAUUACAAAAUUAUCCAAAAGAUAUAAUAAAUAAUGAAAUGGUUGAAUUACUUGAACCAUAUUUUCGUAUGGAAGAUUAUAAUAUGGAAACAGCAAGACGUGUUUGUGGUGAUGUUGCUGGUUUAUUAUCUUGGACAAAAGCUAUGGCUUUUUUUCAUUCUGUUAAUAAAGAAGUUUUACCUUUAAAAGCUAAUCUUACAUUACAAGAAGCACGGCUUAAAGUUGCUAUGGAGGAUUUAGCUAAUGCUGAAAGAGAAUUAUCUGAAAGAGAAAUGGCAUUACAAUCUGUUAAAGAACAAUAUGAUUCAGCUGUUUAUGAAAAACAAAGAUUAACAGAAGCUGCUAAUGUAUGUUUAAGAAAAAUGACUGCAGCAACUGCAUUGAUAAAUGGAUUAGGAGGUGAAAAAAUAAGAUGGACUGAACAAAGUGGAGAAUUUAAAAUUCAACUUGGAAAACUUGUUGGCGAUGUUUUAUUGGCAACUGGAUUUUUAUCUUACUGUGGGCCUUAUAAUCAACAGUAUAGAGCAGGAUUAGUUACAUCAUGGAUGAAUAUAUUAAUGACACGUAAUAUUCCUUUUACUAAAAAUUUAAAUAUUAUAAAUAUGCUUGUUGAUUCAGCAACUGUUUCUGAAUGGACACUUCAAGGUUUACCUAAUGAUGAAUUAUCUGUACAAAAUGCUUUAAUAGUAACUAAAUCAUCAUCUUAUCCAUUACUUGUUGAUCCUCAAAAUCAAGGUAAAAUGUGGAUUAAAAAUAAAGAAAUAAAUAAUGAAUUACAAAUAACAUCAUUAAAUCAUAAAUACUUUAGAACACAUUUAGAAGAUAGUUUGUCAUUGGGAAGACCUCUUUUAAUUGAAGAUGUAGCUGAAGAAUUGGAUCCUGUUAUUGAUAAUGUAUUAGAAAAAAAUUUUAUUAAAUCUGGUUCAAUUGAAAAAGUUAUUGUUGGUGACAAAGAAUGUGAUGUUAUGCCAGGAUUUAUGCUUUAUAUAACAACAAAAUUACCUAAUCCAGCUUAUAGUCCUGAGAUAUCAGCAAAAACUUCAAUUAUUGAUUUUACCGUAACAAUGCAAGGUUUAGAAGAUCAAUUGUUGGGUCGAGUAAUUUUAAUGGAAAAAUCAGAACUUGAAGCUGAACGAGUUGCUCUAUUUGAAUCAGUUAUGACUAAUCAACGUACUAUGAAAGAAUUAGAGAGUACACUUUUACAUCGAUUAACUUCUUCAGAAGGUUCAUUAGUUGAUGAUGAGGCACUAAUAAGUGUUUUACGUGAAACUAAAUCUACAGCUGAAUCAGUUAAUGAAAAACUUAAAGUUUCAGCUUUAACUGAAAAGAAAAUAACAGUUGCGCGUGAAGAAUUUCGUGCUGUUGCUGCUAGAGGUUCUAUUUUAUAUUUUUUGAUUGUUGAAAUGAGUAAUGUAAAUGUCAUGUAUCAAAAUUCAUUAAAACAAUUUUUAACUAUAUUUGAUAAUGCUAUUACUAAAUCAACAAAAAGUUCCAUUACAUCAGAACGAAUUGAAAUUAUUUUGAAUCAUUUGACUCAUGAAGUCUGGGCAUUUACUUUAAGAAGUUUAUAUGAGAGACACAAGUCGUUAUUUACAUUAAUGUUGGCAAUGAAAAUUGAUUGCUAUCGCGGAUCUAUUUCUCAUGUUGAAUUUAUGGCUUUUAUAAAAGGAGGUGCAUCUUUGGAUCUUAAUGCUGUUACUCCUAAACCAUUUAAAUGGAUUCUUGAUAUAACGUGGCUUAAUUUAGUUGAGAUAAGUAAACUUGAAGUAUUUUCUGAUAUUUUAACUAAAAUAGAAUUUAGCGAAAGGGAAUGGAGAAUUUGGUAUGAAAAAGAAAGGCCAGAAGAAGAAGAAUUGCCUUGUGGUUAUCAAAAAUGUCUUGAUGUAUUUCGAAAACUGCUGCUUAUCAGAUCGUGGAGUCCCGACCGAACAUUGUCACAGGCCAAUAAAUAUAUAAUUGAAUCAUUAGGUAAAGAGUACGGUGAAGCUAAAAUUUUAGAUCUUGACGCUACGUGGCUUGAGUCAGAACCAAGAUCUCCAUUAAUUUGUAUUCUCUCAAUUGGAUCUGAUCCUUCUCCACAAAUUACUGCUCUUGCUAAACUCAAAACUACUACAUUAAGAGCAGUGUCAAUGGGCCAAGGACAAGAAUUUCAUGCUAGAAAAUUAAUAAGUGAAGCUAUGAAUGACGGUGGAUGGGUAUUAUUACAAAAUGUUCAUCUGUCAUUGCCAUUUUGUAGCGAAGCUAUGGAUACACUUAUCGAAACUGAUAGUAUCCAUGAAUCGUUUAGACUUUGGAUGACAACAGAAGUUCAUCCACAAUUUCCUAUUGGAUUAUUACAGAUGGCAAUUAAAUUUACAAAUGAACCACCACAAGGAAUAAGAGCAAGUCUUAAACGAACAUAUCAAGGUGUUACACAAGAUACACUUGACUAUUCUACACAGCCACAGUGGCCCCCGUUACUAUAUGCAGUUGCAUUUUUACAUACAGUAGUCCAAGAAAGACGUAAAUUUGGUCCACUUGGUUGGAAUAUACCCUAUGAAUUUAAUCAAGCAGAUUUUGCCGCUUCGGUGCAAUUUAUUCAAAAUCACCUUGAUGACAUGGAUCCGAAAAAAGGUGUCUCCUGGUCAACUAUCUGUUAUAUGCUCGGUGAAGUUCAAUACGGCGGAAGAGUUACCGAUGACUUUGAUAAACGUCUACUGACGACAUUCACUCACGUAUGGUUUUGCGAUGUACUUUUAAGACCAGGUUUUGAAUUUUACAAAGGGUAUAAAGUACCUCAAACACGAAAUAUCCAAGGCUACAUGGAUUACAUAAACAAUUUACCCGGUGCGGAUACUCCAGAAGUAUUUGGUCUCCAUUCAAAUGCCGAUAUUACUUAUCAAAUUAAUACGGCAAAAGGUAUUCUUGAUGCUAUACUGAAUGUCCAGCCGAAAGAAGGUGGCUCACAAGGCGGAGAAUCUAGAGAAAGUGUUGUUUAUAGACUUGCUGAUGAUAUGCUAGCUAAAUUACCUAAACAAUAUAAUUCAUUUCAAGUUCGUGAUGCUUUACAACGAAUGGGUGCAUUAUUACCUAUGAAUAUUUUUUUACGACAAGAAAUUGAUCGAAUGGCUAAAGUAAUUAGAGAAGUACAAUCAACUCUAACAGACUUGAAAUUGGCAAUUGAUGGUACAAUAAUAAUGAGCCAAGGAUUAAAAGUAGCACUUGAUUCAAUGUACGAUGCAAGAAUACCCGAAAAAUGGCAAAAAAUAUCAUGGGAAUCGGCAACUCUAGGUUUCUGGUACACAGAACUUUUAGAACGUGACUCUCAAUUCCGACACUGGUGCGCACACGGUAGACCAAAUGUUUUUUGGAUGACGGGAUUUUUUAAUCCACAAGGAUUUUUAACAGCCAUGCGUCAGGAAGUGACACGAGCUCACAAAGGCUGGGCUCUAGAUUCAGUGGUAUUGCAAAAUUUAAUCACACGUUACAAUAAAGAGGAUAUUAAGGAACAAGUACAAGAAGGAGUUUAUGUACACGGUCUUUUUUUGGAAGGUGCUUCACUGGAUCGUAAAUCUUCAAAGCUAGUUGAAAGCAAACCAAAAGUUUUAUAUGAACAAAUGCCUGUGAUAUAUAUUUACGCGAUAAAUACAACUGCUGGUAAAGAUCCGAAGCUCUAUGAGUGCCCUAUUUAUCGUAAACCUCAGCGAACUGAUCAGAAAUACGUCGGAUCUAUUGACUUUGAGACUGAUCACAAUCCUAGACACUGGACACUACGUGGAGUUGCGCUUCUUUGUGACAUUAAAUAA